AUGUUAAAAGGAGGUCCUCCUGGUUGUAUUGGUUAUGCAAACAGUCCAAAAAGUGGCUGGAUGACAGGGCCACUGUUUUUAAAGGUUUUAGAACAUAUAAAAAAACUAGUUAGAUGUUCGAAAGAGGAUCCUGUUUUACUCUUAAUUGAUAAUCAUGAAAGCCAUUGUACAUUAGAUGCCAUUAAUUAUUGUUUUGAAAAUGGAAUGGUGGUUUUAAGAUUUCCUCCUCACUGCACUCACAGAAUGCAACCUUUGGUUGUGGCUGUUAAUGGUCCUUUAAAGCAAAAGCUGUCUAUUUCUCAAAACGACUGGCUUGUACGCAAUCUGGGGAAAACAAUAACAAAACACGAUUUAGUUGGCAUUGUGACACCAGCAUAUAAUACAACAUAUAUUGCCAGGAAUAUUGUUGCAGAUUUUUCUACACCUGGAAUAUAUCCUUUUUUACGCCUUGCCUUAUGCAAUGACAACUUUCAAAGUGCUGAAGUGGCUAAUCGUCCUUUGUAUCCAGAAUUGAGUUCGAAUUUGCUUAAAGUUUCUUUAACGUUGUUGUGCAUAACUAAAUAA